CGACCGUACCGUUGGUACCAUUUCGUACGGUCGUUGCCGAGAGUGAGACAUCAAGUUGUUAUUUUCCGAUUGUCGUACGCAUCUUACAGUGCAAUUACGCCGGUCAACCGUCAUUCGAUUAGUUUGUUCAUUUAAUCUUUCGAUUAUUAUAACCGAUUUCACCUCGCAAACAUUAAUAGUUACAACUGAACAUACGCGACCAAUUCGACGUCCAUUCAACUACACGUUCUCGCAGCACUUGCAUUCUAGCAAAUCUUAGUGGCAUCUUACCCUAAAAUGACGAACCAACAGUAAGUUAACCGGCGACGUGUUUUGUAUCGCGGCCAUUUUGCAGGACUCAGCACGCGCCGCCAACCGAGAGACGCGUUUCUCGGGACAAUUAUUGUGGCCUUUUUAUAACUCGUACACACACGUUCACGUGUAGCGUCAUGUCGAUGAAUAUUCCCUACCCUCCCUAUCGUCCCCCUCACUGUCUGUUGCCCCGGUUUUCGAAACCAAUAACUGCGUGCAAUCUAUCACAGAAUUUUAAAUAUUUUUGCUGCUUUUUGCUCGUCACUGGUUCUUCCGAGAACCCGCGCUCCAUCGUCUUGCCAUUGCCUGCCCGCACGUUGAUGCACCUCAUGCCGCCAACGUGAUUCUCUGUUUUUGUUUUAUUGUACCUCUGCAUGCGAAUUCAUCGAUCCAACCGUGUGCCUGCUUCUUCCCCGCCCGUCAUCCACUCACCACGACAACAAAGGAACGACGCGCCUGUUCGUUUCCAGUAAUAUCCCAAAUUCUGUUCCUACUGGAAUCGUGUAUACGUGACUCGCGUUCUUUCCGAUAUUAGGUAUAUGAAUUACACCCAUUAGAGCCGUUUAUCACAAGAUUGGAACUUCGAUUAGAAAUUCAACGUACAUAUUUACCCAACUGAAGUCAAAUUGUUUUCAAAUUUAGUUUUUACUUUCCUAGGUUGUUUGACCAGUGCCAGUUGUUAUCCGCUCAAUAAAGGUUGAGGUGUAUAAUAAUUUAAUUAAGUACAUUUUUUACAAAUAUAAAAUAAUGCGUUGUUUUACGCAUUAUGAGUAUAUUUAGAUAUACUUAAAACCCAAAUUUUGUGUUUUAAUGGUCAAAUUAUGUUCCAAACUCUCAAUAAAAAUCCUAUUGGUUUGUCAUAAACGACUCACCACGACUUCUCAUGUUCGGACAUUGAAUAAACUUUCAAUUUGCACCUAUAAAAAAAUUAUUAUAUUUUGGUUUAAAAAUAAAAUAUUUUAUUAUAUUGGAUACCUAUUUAAAUCAAACUAAUUGUUACAUAAUUUUAGACAUUUUAUCUUCACAAAAUUUAAAUCUUUAGUAUCAAAUUUAUUAUAAAUAAUCAUAAAUUAUUCUUGAGGAUACUUUUAUGAAUUCUUUCUAGACUACAUAAAAUAGUGAGCCUCUGCCACAUUACCACUUCCUCUCAAUUUCAUACAAAAUUUAAAUUUUAAAAAGUGUAGUGUGUAUGUUAGUUUUGAAACUUUUGGUUCGGUUAGAUAGCAUUAAUAACUUUUAUCCAACCCUACAUUUUUAUAUGUAUCAAUAUUUUCAUACAAACGUAUAUUAAAGUAUAUAUAGUAAUUUAAUUUAUAUUUGUACUCAAUAAAAAUCAUUGCUCAUAAAAAACAAUUCAGUGCAGAGUUUGAGCAAAAAUAUUUUGAAUUGUUUCAAGAUUUCUACCCAAAGUUGAACUUUAAACUGAUGCAUAUAAGCUAUUACUUUCAGCUUAUUUUUUUUACCUCAAGUGCAACUUAUAGUGAAUUUUGUAAUCAAAUUUUUCAGCAUAUUGCAGGAUCAAAAAAUUAAUAAUAAAAUAUUAGGUUAAAAUAUAUACUUUUGGCAACCUAUUUUUUAUCUUCUCUAAUUAUUUACCCUAGGUACUAAUUUAGUCAAUUUACAUCUCGAUUGAAAUAUUUAUAUUUUUUUUAUUUUUUAGAUAGAAUCGUAUAUUCAACUAUUAUCUAGUUAUUGUGUAUUGUUAAUUUUUAAUUAUCAAUUGGUUUUUUUUUUUUUUUCAAGAGCGUUAAUACCGCCAGUUAUUUGGGCACAGCGUAACACAGUUGUAUUUGUUACUAUUUGCGUGGAAGAUUGCAAAACACCCAAUAUUAAAAUUGAACCUGAACAAAUAGUUUUCCACGGUGUUGCAGGUUUGCAACAAAAAGUAUAUGAAUUAACCAUACCAUUGUAUGCAGCAGUUGAACCUGAAGUAAGUUAACUAAAUAAAUUAAAAAGUAUAUCAUUUGAUAACAUUAUUGUUUUGUUUUUAUUUUUUUAAUUUUAAAGAAUAGCAAAACAUCAAUUGGUGGUCGAUACAUUGAAAUCGUUUUACAAAAACCGCCAAGUGAUACUAAGUACUGGCCAUAUUUAACUAAAGAAAAAAAGAAAUACCACUGGUUAAAAGUUGAUUUUAAAAAAUGGAAGGAUGAGGAUGAUUCUGAAGAUGAGAGUGCUGCCGCAGGCUCAGUUCUCGGAGGAGAUGGUAACAUUGAUGAUGUAUGAAAAAAAUUCAUAUUUAAAAAUAAGUCUUGUUGUUUCAAAAUUUAUGUUACAGUAAUUUUAUUAUAUAUUUAGUUAUAGUUGCUUGUAUUAAUAUUAAAUUAAGGUCAUUCUCAAAUGUUUGAAUAAAAAUUAAUGUUAUUCAAUCACUUAAAUGUAUUUAAAAAUAUUAAGAUAAUUUAUAUUUUCAAAAAAAGCAUAGGUUCCAUUUAAAUUUCAAUAGUUAACCCCCCAAAAUCCUUUCUUAAACUAAACAAAUAUAUAAAUCAAAAAACUUUUGUAUUAUUAAUUUUUCUCUAUUUUGAAUAUUUAUAAAAUAAAAUAACUGUAACAUAGAUGUUGUAUCAUCCUGUAUGUACAAGAAGUUAUAUUUAAAUUUAAAUAUACAAUAAUAUGUCUAUGUCUUUUGUAUUAGAUGCUCAGUUUGAUGGAAGGAGGAGGAGGAGGUAGCACUGGAUCUAAGAUUCCAAACUUUGGACGUGAUUACAAUGUACCUUCUGAUGAAGAUUCUGACGAUGAAGAAAUGCCUGAUCUAGAUGACAUUGAAAGUGAUACAGCGGUAAAUGAUUAACACUAUUUUUUUAAAACUAGCUUGUGUCUUAACUAUUGUAUAUAUAUUAGUGAUAUGACAAUGUAUUUUGGAUGAAACGUUUGAUAUUUAAAUUUAAACCAUAAUUUAUUAUAAAAUUGAUUAAAUUAUAUUUAACCAACAACUUCUUUUUUGGGUUCCUAAACAAUGGAUGAAGAUUGUCAUAUCACUAAAUUAAAAUUACUUAACUUUUGUCUAAUUUUGUUGUGUUCAUUAUUAUACAGGGCAAAGGUAAAGAGAAGAGUGAUGACGAUGUGCCUAUUCUAGAAGAUGUAAAACCAGCAAAAACUGCCUAAUCCUUACUAUUGUCAUUAUCUCAUACUUCCGAAUUUUUGUUCACAUAAUAAUAUGGUUUAAUUUAAAUGAUUUUGUAUGUGUAAUUUUUACAUCAAUUGAACUUUAAUCGAACAUAAUUCAUACUCCAGUAUAUUAAUGCAUUAAUUUACUCGUUCAGUUUAAUUGCCUUUUUUGAUUCACGUCGCCUGUUUUAUUUGCGAAAAUUUUAAUUUUCUUCCUCCCAUUCCUCCUUGCACCACGGAAAUACUUUUUCUGAUUUUUUCACUAUGUUUAAUAAUAUUUGAAAAGUUUCUAUUGUGAAUGUAUUUAUAAAAUGACAUAUUGAAUAUGUUAGCAUAUUAAAAAUGUUAAAACUAUUACAGUUAUAUUACAAUUUCAUGUAGUUUCGUGUUAAGUAUAUUAAAAAUAACUUAGUGAUGUAUUUCUUGGUACAAUCUUCAAAUCAAACUUCAAUCAGUUUUAAUUAUACUGGCUUUCAUAUUAUAAUACUAAUCAUGCAACAUAUGUAUAUAUAUAUAUAUAUAUAUAUAUAUAUAUUAUAUUUAUAUAUAUAUAUAUUUAUAUUACGGAUUAAAUGUAUACCUUGAGUAUUUAAAAUAUUUUUAUGGUUUAUUUUCUUAAAUUGUAAAAAUAAAAUAUGGAAUAACUAGUAAAAUCUGCUCAAUUUUCAUAGGCAAUUUUUAAUGAACAAAUAUAGACUGAAUGUAAGUAGUAAAAUGUAUUUAAUGUUGAGUAUUUUACUACAUAUGCUUUAUUAAAAAAAAAAAAAAAACCGAAUGAUGGAAUAGUCAGUUAACAAGCCCAGUUGUAAUUUAACAGAUCUGAAGCUUUUUAAAUAUUUGGCGUGUCUAACUGGAGAAAAUUGACAAUUUGAGUCUUUAUUAUUAUAAUAUUAAAUUUGAUUGGUAGUCUUUUUUUUUAGAUCAAAAUACAUUUUACAAACUGAUACAGUUGAGUGAAAUCGUCUGAAUAUUGAAUAUCUAAU